UUUAAAAACUCUCCAUCUCCCUUCACUUUUACCAAUAAGACAAACCAAAAGAGAGAAAAAAAAAUCUGAGCUUGGAAGUUGAUAACAAUGGCGUUGGCACGUUUGGCUUUGAGGAAUUUGCAGCAAAGGGUGUCAUCAUCUUCUGCUUUUGUGAGUCAUAAUGAUUAUGUUGGUGCUGUUGGAAGGCAGAGGUGGAGUAAUGAGUUGUUGAAGAGGUUCAUGGCAACUUCCGCAAAUGGUGAGAAAACUGAAGGGAAAGAAAUCCAAGUCACUGAAAAGAAUAAGAAGUCCAGGCUGUUUCCAAGGAGAAAAAGCUGGAAGAGUCUCUGGAGGAAAAAUGACAUUCCUUCUAUUUAUGAAUUUUUCCCCUCAGGGCUGGGAAAUGCGCUAUUGCAGGCGACAGAAAACAUCAAUAGGCUAUUCGAAAACCUGAACAUAUCGCCUUCGCAGCUGAUGGGCAGAGUUAAAGAGCAAGAUGAAUGCUACAAGCUGCGGUUCGAGGUGCCGGGGCUGGGAAAAGAUGAAGUGAAUAUCACCGUAGACGACGGAGUUUUAAAGAUAAAGGGGGAGCACAAGGAAGAGGAAGAAGAUGGUUCUGACGACGAAUUUUGGUCAGCGAAGAGUUAUGGUUACUAUAACACAAGCCUUUUGUUGCCUGAUGAUGCAAAAGUUGAUGAGAUCAAAGCUGAAUUGAAGGAUGGUGUGCUAAAUAUCACCAUUCCCAGGACUGAAAAACCUAAGAAGGACGUGAAAGAGGUUGAAAUCCAUUAAUGGAAUUUAUGUUCUUGUAAAUUUUAGUGACUGGUUUUGGAUUGUCACCCUGUUUUUAUUGAAAUAAUGGAAGUUUGCUUUUGAUUUAUCA